AUGCUCGGAAAGAUCGCACUCGAAGAGGCCUAUGAGCGCACUGGCCAGGAGGAGAAGUCCAUCCGCGAAGCCAAGCUCUACAUCGCUCCUACCGACCGCGAGCGUUAUAUGCGCCAGAUUAGCGACAUCAAUGGCGAGCGUGUGGAGCUCUCUAACGCCCACGGCAUCGGCUAUACAGUUGUCUCUUUGACCGUUCCUGGUAUCCAGGGUGUUACCGACAAGGCUGAGGCCAAGCGACUUGCUACGGAGACCAACAACUGGGUCGCUGGUCAGAUCAAGAGCCACCGUAACCGUAUGGGUGCCUUUGCCUGUCUUUCAAUGCACGACCCCGUCCAAGCUGGCCAGAAGCUCCGCCGCUGUGUUAAGGAACUUGGCUUCCAUGGCGCCCUUCUCUGUAACUUCCAGCACGCUGGCCCUGACGGCGAGACCUACCUUUUCUACGAUCAGCCUGAGUAUGAUACUUUCUGGAAGGUCCUGGUUGAGCUGGAUGUCCCUCUCUAUAUUCACCCUGCUGCUCCUACCGGUGUGAUCUAUGAGAAGCUCUACGCCCAGCGUCCUUACCUUCUUGGACCCCCUCUCUCAUUUGCCAACGAUGUUUCCCUCCAUAUCUUGGGAUUGAUCAGCAACGGUGUAUUUGAUCGCUUCCCUAAGGCUAAGGUUAUCAUUGGCCACCAGGGUGAGCAUAUCCCCUUCGACUUCUGGCGUAUCAACCACUGGUUUGAGGAUGUUAAGAAGCCGAUUGCCGAUGAGGAAAGCCGCGUCAUGUGCAAGAAGACCAUCUACGAUUACUUCAAGCACAAUAUCUGGAUCACCACCAGUGGUCACUUCUCUACUGCGACCCUGAAGUAUGUUGUCAGUGAGAUCGGUGCCGACCGUCUUCUUUUCAGUGUCGAUUACCCCUACAAGACUAUUGAGGAUGCCUGUGGGUGGUGGGACAAUGAAGCCAAGGCUAUUGCUGAAGCUGUCGGUGGCGUCGAGAACUACCGUCGCAUUGGUCGUGACAACGCGAAGCGUCUGCUGAAGCUCGGCAAGUUCCACGACUCUGAGGCCCCUGUCUCUAUCUAG